GCGGAGGAAUUCGGGUAAAGUCGAAAGUGGCUCGCUCGUUGUCGCCCGCUCUGCCCCGGUGGACACAGGCUCGAGCCCGGGUCCAUGCUAGCGCCGCCCGGACGUGGAGCUGAUCGACACGGGGGGACACCCUGGAAGAGCCGGAGCCGCCCCGGGAGGACGCCGGUCCCCGCGGACUCGAUGUGAGGAUCGUCGCGGUGACAUGUGACAUGAACCGGGGGAAAACUGCGACCGAGGCCAACGACAUCAUGUUGGUCCGGAGCCCGCCCGGCCGCGGCCGAGCCAGAGUCACUCAUGCUGUGGUGGUGAUCUUCCUGGAGUUCUUCGCAUGGGGGCUGCUGACCACGCCCAUGUUGACCGUUCUUCAUGAGACGUUUCCUCAGCACACCUUCCUGAUGAACGGCCUUGUUCAGGGAGUGAAGGGCUUCCUGUCAUUCCUGUCAGCUCCUCUGAUUGGUGCUCUGUCAGACAUCUGGGGCAGGAAGUCCUUCCUCCUCCUGACGGUCUUCUUCACGUGCGCUCCCAUCCCCUUCAUGAGGAUCAGCCCCUGGUGGUAUUUCGCUCUCAUCUCAGUCUCGGGGACCUUCGCUGUGACCUUCUCGGUGAUCUUUGCCUACGUCGCUGACAUCACAGAGGAACACGAGCGGAGCACGGCCUACGGACUGGUCUCUGCGACCUUCGCAGCCAGCCUGGUGACCAGCCCGGCGAUCGGCGCCUACCUGUCGGCCCAGUACGGGGACAGCCUGGUGGUCCUGGUUGCCACGGUGAUAGCUGUGGCAGACAUCGCCUUCGUGUUCUUCGUCGUCCCCGAGUCGCUGCCGGACAAGAUGAGGCUGACGUCCUGGGGCUUCCCCAUCUCCUGGGAGCAGGCCGACCCCUUCGCAUCUCUGCGGCGUGUCGGUAAAGACCCGACGGUUCUGCUGAUCUGUGUCACCGUGUUUCUGUCGUAUCUGCCUGAGGCCGGACAGUACUCCAGCUUCUUCCUGUACCUGAAACAGGUGAUCCAGUUUUCUCCCGCAGCCAUCGCUGCCUUCAUCGCCAUGGUGGGCGUGCUCUCCAUCAUCGCUCAGACGCUGCUCCUCGGGGUUCUCAUGAGAACCGUGGGGAACAAGAGGACGGUUCUGCUCGGCCUCGGCUUCCAGCUCCUGCAGCUCACCUGGUACGGCUUCGGCUCGGAGCCCUGGAUGAUCUGGGCGGCAGGAACAGUAGCAGCCUUGUCCUCCAUCACCUUCCCAGCCGUCUCUGCUCUGGUGUCUCACAGUGCAGCACCUGACCAGCAAGGUGUGGCUCAGGGGAUGAUCACAGGGAUCAGAGGGUUGUGUAACGGUUUGGGUCCGGCUCUGUACGGCUUCAUCUUCUUCCUGUUCAACGUGGAGCUGGACGACAUCGAGCCGGUGUCAGGAAAUCCCACAAAGAUCACAGAGAAGUCGGUGAUCCCCGGCCCCCCCUUCCUGUUCGGAGCGUGCGCCGUCCUCUUCGCCCUGGUCGUGGCGUUCUUCAUCCCGGAGAACCAGCGGCUGGCCGACGUCAAACCCGGCUCCGCCCGCAAGUCCAGCGGCGCCGGCACCGCCCUGAGCGCCAGCCCUCUGGCCACGCCCACCAGUGACACAGAGGACAUUGAGCCGCUCCUGCAGGACAGCAGCCUGUGACUGACAGCUGGCCCAGCCAAUCGCAGCGCUGCGGCCUGAGCUCCACGCUGCAGGUCCCGCCCAUUUAGAAACGAAGAGCUUUUAUUUUGUAUUUCCUCCGAUCAGACUUUUCCGAGUCGGGAACACGAGGCGGCGUCCCGCAGACGAGCUGCUGCAGCCACACGUCAUGUUCAUAGAGCUCAUGGUCAUCAUCAUCAAUCAGCAGCAAAGUUAUUAACGUCAAACAUUUUUUCAAUCGAUUAAUUGUUUCAACCAAAAAUUCAAUAUUCUCAGAUCCUCAGAUGAGAUGAUUCCCUGAAACCAGAUGUUUUAUAUAUAAUAACUGAUAUUUAGAACAUAUUGACAUCAGCUGCACACAUAUGAUAAUAUCAUGUAACUAAUCCAGCGGCUCUUCAUCAUUAGUUAGUUUUAAAAUCUGCACAAACAUCAACCAAGUUCAAUUUGACGUAAUAUUAUUUAAUUCAAUUUUCUACAGUUUUUUUCAAUCAUAUCUUUAUCAUGAAUCUUUUUGUAGUGAAAGUUACGACAACAGAUUCAAAACUAAUAUAAACUUAGUUUUUAAUCUAAUGUAAGAACAGUAUCUUAACUCCCCCCGUCCGCUCUGCAGACCUCAGGAGAUCAAGCGCUCCUCACUGGAGGAGGAGGUGCGUUGGAUUUACUGCCCAGCUGAGACCAAGGGACACAGAGUUUUAGUUUCACGUGAUCGAAGACGUCGAGAGACAUUCGGUUUGUUUCCGUUUCCAAACUUCUCUCUGGAUUCAGGUCCAAGCUUCAUGUGUUUGUUGUUUCUGUUACUUUUAGUUUCACGUUGUGAUUUAGUGACUGAAGAGUUUAGUCUGACACGUGUCCUACGUGGGCGGAGUCUACCUGUACUUGACUCUGAUUGGUUUCUAGACGGCAUCUGACAUGCGCGUGUUGUCAGGUGGG